UGAAAUUGUGAUUAAAAUGUUUGUGGAUCAACUGGUUGUGGUAGGCCUAGUUCUCCACAUCACCUCGGCCCAGUCCAUUCUGAGUACUGAUGGUUACUAUGGGAACUCCUAUGGUCUUGAUUCCUGUCCUCAGCUGCAAAAUGAUCUCAGAGAUACCAGGACUGUGCUUACCAACAUGCAUAAUGGAAUACUUGAGGAGCUGUGUGGCGGGGAAGGUAAAUGGAAUUGUACAAAGAUUGUAGUGUAUAGUGAGGGAUAUUCAGCUGUCAAACAACCAUCAAGAUUUGGAUUGUAUUUCUUGUUCGGAUUGACAGCAGAGAAUAAGUAUCCAAGCUUCUAUAGACCAGCUGACGGCCAGUAUCUAUUCUACCUACUGGAGCUCGGGCAGUGGGAUUACUGGCAACAAUAUGAGCGAUGGAUUAUUGGCAAAGAUCAUGGCGUGGCCCACGGUGGAAUCAUGAUAAGACCGUACAAUCCUGCAAAAAAAUGUCCUUGGCAUAUCAAAUGGUUCAGGUCCCAGUCUUAUUUCUAUGAUCAGAAUAGAGAGAAUAUGUGGAGCACAAUAGGGAAUCCCUGGGUAGAGGAUAACACUAUCCGAGUAUCCUGUUAUGACGAAGAAAAGUGGCCAGAAUUUGAUUGUGGGUGUAAUAAGCUCAAUGUUACCAGCAAUGGUCGAGUGUUGGAGUAUCAUCCAGAUCGUCUAGGAGAAUAUGUCAGAUUGGAAGGAAAAAAUAAAGAGGGAUACCUGUCUCCUGUUUAUGGUAAAAUAUCUACGGGCUCCCCUUCAUAUCUUUACUCUCAUGAUAUUCAAGGUCGAGUUUGGUUUAUGGGCUCCACAACAAGUACUUGGUCGCUCAGGUUGAAUCUUCUUGAUUCUGAAGAUUUGCCAGAGUGCCCGUUUUAUCCGAGAGAUGAAUCGCCCUCAGAUUAUUAUGAAGAUGAGGAACCCUUACCGAUGGAAAAGGUUGGUUGGGAGUACCUCCAGAGUAAAAGAGGCGAAUAUGAAGUUUGGCUCAAGGAUUAUGAUCUGCAUGUGAAAUGUGUUGGCUGAUUCAAACGAUAAUCAUGAAUUAUAUAAUUUUCUAGGAAACUGUUCAUGUUCCCUUUUUCUACCCUAUAUUCGUAAUAAAAAUAUAUAAUUUUUGCGA